CGACGAGCAGUGCAAGCGAAGCUCUCUCACGCUCUUCUCGUUUCUCUCUCUCUCUUAUCCUCUGCAUCUGGGCGAGUUCGUUGGUGCAUCCAUUCUUUCUCGAUCGGCCAUGGACAUGAUCGACGCGGAGCUGCGGCUCGGCCCGCCCGGCGGCGAUGUCGUGGUGCAGCCGGCGGCGGCGAAACGGCCGUCGUCGGCGGUGAAGAGCGAGGCCUCCGGGACGGAUGACCAUGAAGACGCCGCACCGGCCUCAAAGGUGCAGGUGGUGGGGUGGCCGCCGGUGAGGGCGUACCGGAGGAACGCGUUCCACGCGGCGGUGGAGGCGCCGUCGGCGAAGGCGAAUGGCGAGCGAGAGGGUAAGAUGAGGGGGCUAUUCGUGAAGGUGAGCAUGGACGGGGCACCCUACCUCCGGAAGGUCGACCUGCGGACGUACGGCGGGUACAGGGAGCUGAGGGACGCGCUGGGCUUGCUCUUCGGUUGCUUCUCCUCCUCGGCCGACGGCGGCGGCCAGUUCGCCAUCGCCUACGAGGACAAGGACGGCGACCUCAUGCUCGCCGGCGACGUGCCCUGGGAUAUGUUCAUCUGUUCUUGCAAGAAGUUGAGGAUCAUGAGGGGGUCUGAAGCAAGAUGAUCAAGGAGGCGUCCAUGGAGCAUGCAAGAAUUUGUUGCACGCAUGGAGCGGACACGCUCAUCUGUGGCCAGGACUCAUGACGAGAGACUGGCCUAUCGAUCAUUCGAUCGAUGCAUGGCGCUCUACACUUCUACAGACAUGGAUCGGACUUGGAGGCGUUGCAUACCUGCAUGGGGAGAACGGCCAGCCCAUACGUGGCUAGAUGCAUCGUGUUCUACGGCCAGCCCAUGCGUACACGCACAUACAUGGAGAUGAUGGUUCUAUCACGGCGAAAUACGCACGCCGUCCUGUCAGAUGGAUGGAUGUCCAGUGUUGUGGUUGCAGAACUACAGAUCAGAGAGAUUCAGCCAUGUAGCAGGAGGAACUAAGAUUUGUCUAUAUAAGCUGAAGCUUUUCUUUUUUAAUUUUGGGUUUCCCUUUCAUAUGAAUGAAGAAGGCUGAGAAAUGAGCGAAAGGAAAUAAAAGAGAGGGAAAUUUCUUUUGGGGUAUCUCCUGACGACAAAAGUCAAUAAAAACUUGUGUCAAUUAUUUAUCCGAUUAA